GGGGCAACCCGCAGGGCGGACGGCGGCAGCGGCGGCGGCGGCGGCGAGCGCACGGCCCGGACCCGCGGGAGCCGGACCCCGCGGCGGCGGCGGCCGGAGCCGGAGGAGCCGAGCGAACACCGCCCUUGCCGGCGCCCUUCCUCAGGCCCUCGCCGCUCCCCUCACCACCCCCCGGGCCCCGCGCGGACUCGCCUCGCUGAAGUGUCACGAUGUCUGACCGGAAGGCAGUAAUCAAGAAUGCAGACAUGUCUGAGGACAUGCAACAAGAUGCUGUUGACUGCGCCACACAGGCUAUGGAGAAGUACAACAUAGAGAAAGACAUUGCUGCCUAUAUCAAAAAGGAAUUUGACAAGAAAUAUAACCCUACCUGGCAUUGUAUCGUGGGCCGAAAUUUUGGCAGCUACGUCACACAUGAGACAAAGCAUUUCAUCUAUUUUUACUUGGGUCAAGUUGCAAUCCUUCUCUUCAAGUCAGGCUAGGUGGCCACAGUGAAGGUGUCAGUGGCGGUGGCAGCGAUGGCAAGCAGGCGGCGUUGCUGGGACUGUUUUGCACUGGGGCCAGCAUCAGAAUGUCCUCUCCAAUGGCUGUGCUACUGCAUGGACUGUAUACUCGAUUUCAUGUGUAUGUCGCAGUAAACAAAACCAAACUUUUUUCUGUUUAGUUGCCUGGGGAAGAAGGCUGCUUUAUGUUUAUUUUUUAAGACUUAAAAAUUUUUUUGGUUGUAUUGCACUAGGAAAUCUCUCGCCCCUCCCUUUUCUCUUUCUCUCCCUUAACAAAAUAAAAAAAAAAACCCAACCCUCAACUAUUUGUAAGAUUAGAGGGUUGAGGAAAAGAAACAGGUUUCUGGAGGUGGAACUAAAAUUGUGCAGCUGCCUCUUUCUGGUGGUGGAUGCUGCUUUGGGAGGGCAAAGAAGGCUGCUGGGUGGGCAGUGUUAGGAUUGGCAAGGAGAGAGGGAUAGGACGGAGGGUGAGGGGGAUUGAUCUCUAGUACCAGGGAGAAUAUUCCACUGAACUGUGAUUCCCACGGCUUGGGGCAGAGGGUGGGGUGGGAGGGUGGAUUCUUCAAGGGGCCCCGAGACGUGUUUGUGCUGUGUGGGAGUGGGGAGCAGAUUCGUCUUGCUGUCUCUGUCAAAAGAAUUUCUAAGUAAGGGCUGUGUCUUUGUGGAUUACCUUUUAUUCUUCCUGCCAGUGCUCAUGCUAGGAAGAUGUUGGAUGUUGGGGGUAGGAUUAGCUUGAUUUUUUUUUUUCUUUUUCUCUUCUCCUGUCUGCUCCCGCUUAGCCCUCAGUUUUCUCAUUCCUCUGGAGUUCUCUUAAAGCAGCCCCUGCUAGUUGACUGGCAAGGGAAUUUCUGAUGACUAUAGUUCUUUAGUUAAGUCUUAGCAAUCAAACCAAACCAAUGUCUCUCUUGAUUCUUUUGUGUGUGUAAGUGUGUGUGUGUAUGUUUAUGUAUUGGUUUGGGGUUAGAGGGGGAGGGUGGGCAGAGCAGAGUGGAAUCUCUGGAGUGUUUGGAUAGAAUAAGAUGCACAGUUAGUUUUAAAUGAACUUCUAUGUUCAAAAUCUGUUUUGGGGGUAAAUCCCCCUUAGCACCUGGUCCAGACAUUAUGCUUACCCUGUGGCUGUGUGCUCCUAGAAGACCUUUAGAGGACAGCCUAUAAUGAGAUAACCAUGCUGCCCGCUGCCCUGGAGCUGGGUCUUGGUGGAGAGGGAACGUAACUUUGUGGAUGCCUGCAGCUUCUUGUGAGAGAUGGGGAUGGAAGUGAUAACAUGAGGGGCUUUGGAGGAACCUUGAAGGAGGUCAAUCUUGGAGUGAUGAAGCCAGGUAUCAGGAAAUGUAACAGGGCCACUAGUGGGAGGAGAUUCCAAGAAGAGUGCUGGGGAAAUUUUGUCUGUUGAUCAAAUAGGGAUGGGGGGCUAGUCAUUGCUGGUUGAGCUGCUGAUUCUUGUAAAUCACCUUUAAAUCUCUUCGUGUGUAGGGUUAACACUGGGUGGGGUGGGUUUGGGAUCCAGCUCAUUUCUUUUCCUUCCAUCUUUGGGGUUAUUGGUAGGCAGGAGAAAGUAUGACUUUUUCUUUGAUGGGGGAGGGUGGGGAUUGGGAUGGUGAAUGAGUUCCCUAUAUCAAACACUUUGGAUAUAGGAUUGAUUGAUUGUAGGUUUUAUUUUUUUAUGAAUGUACAAGUCUUUGUUUUCCCUUGCCCUCCCAGACUUGUGUGGCCAGUUGGAAAUGUCUGGUUUGUGUUCAUCUCUCCCUCAUUUCUGGAGCAGGGGCUGAGACCCCUCCACAUCUCCUAUGCUCUGCAUCCAUGCCUCUUUUGGACAUUAAAGGUCGAUUGAUGCA